CCUAUUAAAUUAUAGCCAACUCGUCGAUUUAUUUAUCAAAUAGUAACGACUUUGUAUUGUUUGGCCAAAGUCAACACUGCAAGAGCUGGCUAAUUAUUCCAUCUUGUGAUUGUUAAUUUCAAGCUUUCCUUUCCUUUCCUUUUGUUUUGUUUAUUUUUCGAGUGAGAAGAGAUCUCAAAAAUGGCUUACAAUCUUCAAUCCCUCAUCACCAUCGUCCAAAGGAUUCUGGAUCCCGAACAAACACACUGGAUUCUUGAACCUAAGAAACCACAACUCCAAUCCCUCAUCACCAUCCUCGAAGGAAUUCUUGGAUUCCUCCUCGAAACCACAACUCCUUCUUCUUCUAAUCCCUCCUCGAAACCACAACUCCAGUCCCUCCUCGAAAAAGCUUCUUCCCUGCAGCAGAUUCUUGAAAAAACUCCACUCACCAAAAUUCCAAGUUUGGAGAGCCGAAUCAGAGAUGUAGCAAAUGAAGCAGAAGAUAUCAUUGAAUCUCACAUGGUUGAGCGAAUGCUUUCGAUUCCUAAAAGAGUGAACUCGAUUCUUCAACUCACACCAGAUGUGCUGCUAGUGACACAAAAACUUGAUUCUUUAACCCAACAAGUUGAGGAGCUCGUGGAGGUGGAGAGAAACAAGAAGCCGAUUGGCAGCUCAGUGAGUGGUGCUUCUUUCUCGAGUUCGAAGAGCGUCGUGGUGGGAGUUGAUCAAGAUCUGAUGCAGUUGAAGGAUCGGCUGACCGGGAUGCAGAGCAAGCUGGAGAUCCUGCCCAUCGUGGGUAUGGGUGGUAUAGGUAAAACCACUCUUGCUCGAACACUUUAUCAAGAUCCACUCAUUCUUCACCACUUUAGCUAUCUUGCUUGGACCACAAUUUCACAAGAUUACAAUAUGCGCUCAAUUCUAUUAAGCCUUCUUCGUUGCAUAACUGGAUCAAACUAUGAGCAUGAGGGAGAUGGUGAGUUAAAAGAUAUCUUGUAUAGGAGCUUGUACGGUAGAAGAUACAUGAUUGUAUUAGAUGAUAUUUGGAGCACCAAAUUCUGGGAUGAGAUAAGGAUGUACUUCCCGGACAACAAUAAAGGGAGUCGGAUUGUGAUCACCACUAGGGAAUCGGAUGUCGCCAAAUAUGCAGACUCCAAGAGUCUGCAUCAUCAGGUGCAGUUGCUGAGCGAGUCUCAAAGUUGGGAUCUUCUUAGCCAAAUUGUGUUUGGAAAAGUGGAUUGGCCUCAUGAGUUACAAGGGAUAGGGAAGAAGAUUUCGAGUGAUUGCGGUGGGCUUCCUCUGGCUAUCAAUGUGAUUGGAGGGCUGUUGUCAAAGGUGGAAAGAUUGAAAGGUGUUUGGGAGGAUAUUGGGAACGACGUAAGAGCUGCAAUUGCUGAAUCGGACGAGCAGUUCUUGAAUAUACUAUCCUUAAGUUAUAACCAUCUGCCGAUUCACUUGAAACCAUGUUUCCUCUAUAUGGCAGCAUUCCCCGAAGAUUAUGAGAUUGACUCCUUGAGACUCAUACAGAUGUUGGUGGCAGAAGGAUUUGUGAAAUCGAAUGGAGAUAAAAGUUUGGAGGAAGAGGCAGAGGAUUAUUUAAAGUCACUUGUAGAAAGGAAUCUAGUUUCGGUUAUUACAAGUUAUAAUUGGUAUGGAAAAGCAAAGAGGUACAGCAUGCAUGAUCUUUUGAGAGAUUUAUGCAUUAGGAAAGCUGAUGAUGAGAAGUUUAUACAUGUCAAGAACUCCACCGAGUUCACAUUCUCUAACCAGCCGCGUCGUGUGAGUAUUCACACAUCAUAUGGAAUGGAAGAUGAUGAGUAUGCUUCUUCAUCAGAGAUGUCACUUGUUCGAUCAUUUCUACUAUUGGUCGUGUUGGAUAGGAAUGUACUUCCCAUGGUUUUCACAUUAAGAUUGCUUAGGGUGUUGGAUUUAUUGGAAAUGAAUAAGUAUGAGAUAGGAAGGCGUUUGAUUGAGUUCCCGGAAGAAAUAUUACAACUUGUGAACUUACGCUACUUAGCUAUCAGUUGCGAGUCAUUGCCAAGAAGUGGAAUAUCAAGAUUGUGUAAUUUGCAAACCUUGAUUGCUAAGCUGCUACGCGAUGGCUCUUGUCCAGCUGAGUUGUGGGAGAUGUCUGAGUUAAGACAUCUCAUCAUAUUGGAUCCAUCAUAUCUCAGGAUAGAAGAUGAUUACCUGAAAAAAAUUGUUCUGAAGAUGCUGCAGACGAUACGGGGUGUGUAUCUAAGUCGGUCAGUGAUUAGAAGGGGUUUCUUGGAAAGCAUUCCAAAUAUAAAAAGCUUGGGAAUCUUGUAUAAGGAUGAAGGCUCAUCAGGGAAGAGUGAAGUAGUUGAUCUGAGUCAUCUUCACAAACUCCAAACAUUAAGCUGGAGUUCAUCAGGGGAUCAAUAUCUGCACGGACUCAAAUUUCCAUCUACUCUUAGAGAAUUAUUCGUGGAGUGUUGUGUAAUAACUCCGGCAGCGACGACGGCUCUGUGUGCACUACCGAAUCUGGAAGUGCUCAAGAUGUUGUUUUGUACCUUCAAAAGCAAUGAGACAGAACAAGAAGCAUAUCGUGAAGAGUGGGAAAUAGCAGAAGGAGAUUAAUUCAGCUCAUUGCAGUUUCUACUACUCUAUAAUUCACGUCUAGUGCGUUGGAGAGCUGAUGAAACCAACUUCCCUAGACUCCGCCAUCUCUUUAUAGGAGAUUGUAGGAAGCUAGAGGAAAUCCCCGCCGGCAUUGGAGAAAUCCCAACCCUCCAAUUAAUUAAAAUGGUAUAUUGCAGCGAUUCUGCAGUGGCCUCAGCGAAACAGAUUCAGGAGGAGCAGCAAUCUGAAUACGACAACUACGACCUCCAACUUCGUAUCUCCCCAUAAUUGCACAUAAAGAGGAAGAGAAAAGAAAGGAAGAUGAAGAUUGAAGACGACUCAAAGUGGCCACAUUUGAAACUCAUUUGAUUUCUCCUCUCUUGUCUUGUCUACCAUUCCUUCACAAUUUGCUUUGUUUUUCACGGGUUUUUGCUAUGGGACUUUUAAUGAGACUUGAACCUUUAAUUGGAUUUUUUUUAAUUUGAUAUUAUAAUUUCAUUGAUAUAUAUUUUGUCAAAUUUAAUUAAUUUGGAGUUUCGGA